AUGGAUCUGACAUGGAGUUCCCAAUUAUUGGGUGAUACCGAUGCAUUAGGAAAACAUACUGCUGCAGCAGUGGAUUUUGUAGACAGAAUAGCUAACUUUGUUAAAAAGAAAAGUAACCUGGAAAGUAUGUAUGCGAAGGAUCUAAGAAAAUUGAUCAAAUCAGCUAAGGGCCGUCAAAUGAAAGAUGAUUUCUUAGAAGGAAGAGGCACAGCUAUCAUGGCAUUUAACAAUUUAAUCAAUGAAACCGAAAAUAUCGCAUCCGAGCAUGAACUCAUGGUAGAUCAGCUGCAUACGACUGACAUUGGAGCUAUAAAAUCUCAACUGGAAUCCCACUACAAGGCAGCAGAGACGAGUAAAAAGAAUUAUGAGCGUGCUUGUAGGGAGGCUGAAAUAGCAACCAAAACUUUUCACAACGCGGAAGCGGAUACGAAAUCAACGAAAGCGCAACUGGAUAAAAUGAGAAACACUGCCGCCUCCAAAGCAAAAGCUGCCGAAGAUAGCAAAAUCGAGACUAAAGAAAAACUAUGUCAAGCUAAUGAAAGGAAAGCAUUGCAUUAUGGAACUUAUCUGCCUGACAUCUUAAAAGACAUGCAACGUUGCGAUAUUAACAGAACAAACGAAAUCAGUAAAUAUCUAAGUGAAUAUAUUGAAGUGUAUAAGAAUAAUUUACCGUCAUUAAGUAAUAUUUAUGACAAAAUGACAACAAUCCAACAAUCGAUUGACGCUGAAAAGGAUGCCGAAAUGGUAGCGAGUGAAAAUGGAUCGGAUUUUGUCUUACCAGAAGACCUAGUAUUUGAAGAAUAUAAAGAAAACUCUAAUCGUGAAAUAAACAAGCUCAGUAUCGCGGCUGGAUUUUCGGUCGUAACUGGACUUUUUUCUAAAAAAAAGAAGGAAGAUGACAAGGAUUAUGAAGCCUAUCCACCUGAGAAGAAAAAGAAAAAAGCUUUAACCAAAAUCACGGAACUUGAAACUGCUCUAGAACAAUUAAAUAGAAAUAGAAACGGAGCCCUAAAACUUUACAACGCUUAUUCCGAAAAUCCGAACUAUGGUGAUGUUAACAAGGUUAAGAAAGAGUUAAUUUACCUCGCUCGAGAAAUCAACCAGAAGAAUACGGAACGCUAUAAUUUGCAAGUAAUGAUAGCUGACAUCGACAAAUUACUUCCUCCUGAUUUUCCUAAAAUGAUCCCCGAAGAUAGCGUUGAAUGCGAUACGCGUUCUGAUACGUCGGAUAUGGGUUCAACGAUGGCGAAUGACAUUUCUUCAAGUAACAAUGAAUUGAUUGUGAAGAAAGAUAAUACUGAUAUUGCAAAUUUUACCUCUGAUUAUCGAAUAUGUAAAGCCCUCUACGACUUUGAUGGUACCAGCUCUGGAGAAUUGACUGUAUUCGAAGGAACUCAAAUGUUUGUUUUAGAAGAAGACACAGGACAAACAGGGUGGACCAAAGUGCAAAUAAAUGAGGAUAUCGGUUACGUUCCGACGGCAUACAUUGAAUACAUAUGA